AUGUUCGUUCAUUGCUUGCUGAGCCCGAGGUCGAGGAUCCCGGUCACAGAACUGGCCGAUGGUGAAAUUCUCUCUUGCGAGGGUGCUACUUUGCGGGUGCUGCACACACCAGGCCAUGCAAACGACCAUGUCUGCUUGUUUUUGGAGGAGGAACGGGCCAUGUUCACUGGCGACAAUGUGCUCGGUUGGGGAACGGGAACGUUCCAGGAUCUGCAGCAGUACAUGCGAUCUCUGAAACUGAUGGCCUCACAGGCUCCAGACGUUCUGUAUCCUGCUCAUGGGCCUGUGGUUUCUGGCACUUCAGAGGUAGCUGCUUGGUUGCAGAUGUACAUCACGCAUCGUGAGGAUCGCAUCCGCCAGGUUGAGAAUGAGCUGCGAGCAGUGGAUGUUGGCUUGGACCUGGUGGACCUCGUCAAGCGGGUGUACAAGGCGCAGCCGGAAGUGCUGCAGUCGGAGGGGCUGUUCAGGGGUGCUUGCCUCAACACGAAGGAGAACUGGAUCCAGCCUGGGUUUGUUUGUCAGAAACCUUUCUAA